AGAUGAAGACAAGCUUUCUCUGUCCUCUUCAGCAGAACGAUGGACAGACAGAGAGCAGAGCGGGACUGUAACUGGCACCUUCAUGUAGCCCUGCUACUCAGGCCAGAGAGCAGGUAAAUGGAGGUGGAGGACAGGAGCCGCUCCCCAUCCCGUAAGACCAGCCGGGUGGAGCAGGUGGUGGGACGAUGGCUGAGACGUUCUCGAGACUUGGGCAGCAGGUCUCAUUCCCUGAGCAGAGACCGGGUUGCAGAGAAUGGGAAGACUGCAGAGUCCUGUGGCUCUGAUCAGAGGAAUUACCCAUUUCGAUUCAAUAUUCAGAUUCCUCGAGACCCCACCCUCAACUCUCAUGGCCUCACACUCUCCCCCCAAGCCCCCAUCCUGGUACAAGAGGUCACCCCAGGUGGUCCUGCAGAUGGCCGGCUCAUCCCUGGUGACCAGCUAGUGAAGAUCAAUAACGUCGCUGUGGAUGACCUGACCCCAGAGCAAACUGCUGAGAUAAUCAGGGAAUGUCAAGAUAUGUUGACAAUGACGGUACUCAGAACAAUGCUGGGCCCAAAGUCAUCAUUCAUCACACCGGAGAAGAGGGCCAAGCUCAGAUCCAACCCUGUAAAAGUUCACUUUGCGGAGGAGGUGGAAGUAAAUGGGCACUGUCAGGGUAAUUCGCUGUUCUUCCUGCCUAAUGUUCUGAAGGUUUAUCUGGAGAACGGGCAGACCAAGGCCUUUAAAUUUGAACCCAGCACCACGGUCAAGGACAUUGUGAUGACACUGAAGGAAAAGCUUUCUCUGAGCCGUAUUGAACUCUUCUCCCUGGUGCUGGAGCAGCAGCACAGCAUCAGUAAACUACUGCUGCUACACGACGAGGAGAGAAUUCAGCAGGUGGUCCAGAAGAAACAGGCCCAUGACUACAGGUGUCUCUUUCGCAUUUGUUUCCUGCCCAAAAACUUCCAGACACUGUUGCAGGAGGAUCCCACAGCCUUCGAAUACCUCUACCUGCAGGGGGUGAAUGAUGUGCUGCAGGAGCGCUUUGCUGUAGAGAUGAGGUGUAACACUGCCUUGCGACUCGCUGCCCUGCAUAUCCAGGAGAGGUUGGCAAGCUGUGGACAGUCAUCAAAGACCAACCUGAAAAUCAUCACGAAGACGUGGGGCAUUGAGAACUUUGUCUCAUCCACAUUGUUGAGGAACAUGCGAGAGAAGGAUCUUAGGAAGGCCAUCGGCUACCACAUGAAGAAGAGCCAAUCGCAGCACGAUACCAAGCAGAAGGGCGUGGCAGUCGAUCACGCACGGAUAAACUACCUGGAGGAGCUGGCAGAGCUCAAGUCAUUUGGAGGCAAAUCCUUCAGUGCCACCAUGAUGCUCCAGGACAGGGAGUCGAUGGUGACCCUGCUGGUGGGGGCACGGUAUGGGGUUAGCCAGGUGGUCAACCACAAGCUUAGCAUCCUGUCUACCCUUACAGAGUUCACCUGUAUCACACGCAUUGAGCUGCUGCCUGAAUCAGACAAGGUCAGCCUGGUCAAAAUAUACCUGCAGGACAUCAAGCCCAUCACAUUGCUGCUGGAGUCAGUGGCAGCCAAAGAAAUGUCCUGCCUAAUAGCAGGGUACUGUCGAGUUUUUGUUGACCCCAGCUUCAACAUCUUUCCCUGGAUAGAUGACCCCAGGAAGCAUAGAGUGUCUGCUGAGGAAGGUUAUGUCUCCCGCUGUGGCAGCAACUCAGAUGACUCCUCAGACCUGGACAUGGAACCACUAGUCAGCCUGGUGUCUUUCAACGAGAGGCCGUGCCCCCGUGUCAGAUCCUCCUCUGAUAUAGAUGGAAGAAAAAGAAAAGACAAAAGGAGAUACAAAGAUAGGGAAAAGGGAGUUAAAUCUUGGGAAGAUAAAAAACUCAAACCAAAUGAAGAAAAAGAUGCUGACACGGAAAAGGAAAUGUAUCUGCCAAAUACGAAUAAGGCUAAGAUUGAAAACACUGAACACAUAGAGGAGACCGAAGGAGUGUGGGAUGUUGGACAAAUACAGAUUGAAGUAGCAGACAAUGACUCACAGGAACAACAGGAAAAAGUCGGGGAAGAGGGGAAGGUUGGGGUUGGAGAAGAGGUGCAAGUAGUAGAGGAGCAGCCAUCCGAACCCUCUGAUUCUUGUCAAACUGACUCUCGUGUCCUCAACAGCCCCUCCAGCGAUUCCCUUGAUGCUUUGGAGGAAGAUGAUUUACUGUUGUGUUCCUCUUCCUCCAGCUUUCUAAAUGAUCCCUCAGGAACUUAUUCACACAGCAACUCUCCCCUUCAGCUGAAUCCUUAUUUCCAUAGACAUGUCCAGCCUCACCUCCUCGCCCCACCAACAGCUCACUCCCACCCCCUCAUCAACUUCACAAGUCAGGACAGGGGAGGAGGACGCUGCAGGAGGUCAGGCGAUGGAGCUGAUCCUCAACUCAUCGCCCCUAUCUCCACCUCUCAGAACCUUCACAAUGCCCAAAAUGAGAGUUCCCUGUGCUUCGCUGAGCUCUCUCGCCUCGUGGACUUCUUGCCGAGCCCUCCUGAGGCCAGUGAGGAUGAUGAAGAUGAAGAAGAGGAUUUGAGGAGGAGGAGGGAUAUGCUGAAAGAAAUGGACCAGUCAGUGAGAAGAGCAGGUGAAGGAGGAUGUGUAGGUGGGGAGGAUGGUUGUAAAGAAUAUCCAUUGUCCCUUUCCCCAUCCUCUGACUCCUCCCACAUGGACUUUGUGUUUAACUUCAACAAGAGCGAUGCUCGCUGCUACUACAAACUCUGCUCCAGCAUCACCCCAGACAGCGCCCGUAGCCUACCCCGCACCCUGUAUCAUAAUGAGGGCGAGGUCUGCGAAGAAGUGGAGGGAGAUGUGGAUAAGGCUCAAGAGCUGGAGCCAAUCCCCAUCCUCCAGCCACCUCCAGGCUUUGGAGACAGCAGCUCUGAUGAAGAGUUUUUUGAUGCAAGAGAUCGCUUCACCUCGCCUGAAGACCCAGCCUCAGGGGCCCUGCCAAAAGAUAUUUCCACAGAGAUGAAGCUGGACUUGCUCAGUACAUUCAGCCUCAGUGACAUCAGAGUGACACAUGACAAAGCUGGAAGAGCACCAGAGGACGCUAGAGGAGAGGAGGAAAAAGGAGGAGGCAGAGAAACAUUGUUCCAGCUUAGAAAAAGAUCGCGCAAGCGUCGCUCCUUCAUGGAAACCGCUUAUACCUCCAUGGUGUCAUAUCCAGAACCAGAUCCAGAAUCUAAGCAGGACUGUGUUUCUAAUGGGGUUCAUGUAAACCUUUUAGCAGAAGAUAGUGAUGCCCAGAUGUUGAGUUCAGAUCCUGAACCUUCAGAGCAAAGCCAGAAUCCCAGCCCGACUGUCUCCUCUCUGACUCACUCUGAAGGUGAACCAGCUCAGCUUGAGUCAAAACCCAUCCUUUCAAAAGCCUGUUCUAAUGGAUCAGGCUCUCCCUCUGGGUCCCAUGAACCGGCCAUAGAGGCACAACCCUCCUCCAGGACCAAGACGCAAGAAAUGGAGAUGGAACCUGACACAAUGGAAUCCAAAUCGGUUACAGAUCAGUUGGCUACAUCACCAAGUAUUACAGUCGUCCGCUGCCGGGUGGAUCCAGAUGGGAAGGAAAGUGCUGAUCGGAGGGGUGAUGGAAAGGAGGAAGGGGAGGGACAGCAGGCGAUGGGUGAGGGGAAAGAGGAGGAAGAAAAGGAGAAGAUGACCGGGAAGGGGCCUUUCACUUGUCAUAUGUUUCUGCCAGAGAUUUUUAAUGAGUUACAGAAGGACGAAAACAUGGGAGAGGAGAAGAUGGAAGCUGUGAGAGGGUACAGUUCACAGAAACCACUCGUAUGCCCUGAUAAACAGUUAGAAGCCAACACACUGCCAAAAUAUUUGAUAGAAGGUAGUAAUGGCUUUUUGGGAUCUCAUCUAACUACACAAGAACUAAACUCAAGUGUAGAGGGAAAUAUGCUUGAAGUUGUGCGUGACAUGUCAUACUCACCACCACCCCCUCCUCCUUCUUCUCCUCUACCUCCACUCGCAGUUUUUCACGAAUCCCAAAGUGACUGUUUGGUGAGUGACGAAGACAGACGUAAAAAUGUGGAGACCUCGAGCAAAGCAUCUUCUGAGGAGACACCAUUUAGCAAACAAAAUCCCACUAACAAAGCACAAUUAGAAUUACAGGUCACAACCAGUGUUAAUGAAGAUGAUAUAAUUGGUGUUGUAAGUUCUGCUAUGACUACAAGCGAUGAAGUAAGCGACAGCAACAAUUCUGACAAUGUGUUUGACGAUGAUGAGAUGAGUAAUUCUUUAAAUUCUAGUUUAAGUGACAAGAAAGAUGACUGCAGUUUGGCUUCAAAGCAUUGCCUCAUAUCUAAGUAUGUCACUGCAGGGACAGGCGAGUCACAAAUGAGGAAAAAGUCUCCAACCAACACUGAAGCUCAUACAAGCAUGCAUUCAGUUAAGUCUGAUUACACUCGUACUAUAAACUCCAUCACAGCAAAGCUUGGAGCUGCAACUAGCAUUACAUCUCCAACAUUUAAUUCAGCUAUUGGAUCGCAAAGUGCUGUCAAACAUAAAAAUGCUACAUGCUCAAACCAAAAAGUGGAUAAACCCCAUAGUGGUACAACCUUGCCAAGUGCUGACGCCAACAACAGUUUAGCUAGUCCUAAUUUAGUAAAGGCAAACACAGACAUGAUCAAUGAUCUCUCCAAAGAGCCUCCCUCUCCAACUCACUUCCGCUUCCAGGCCUGUUCCCAAAGCAUCAUGGGCCGCUUAUCUGCCUCAACACUUAGGGGGAAGAUUCAGAAUUUGCCCCUAUAUUUAUCGCGCUCCCAGGAAACCCUCCACCAGACUGGUUUGGGGAAUCAAGCCCAGAGUCCUGAGGACAGCAGCAGCAACAAUGUUGAGAUUGCCAUCAUAGUUACAGACGUUCAUGAUGAUACCCAAACUAUAGAUAGUGAACUGGGCACAAUAUCAGAAACAGUAGAUUCAGACGAUUCAGAUACAACAGUUACAGGAUCAGAGGUGGACGGUGAGUUUUUCGUUGAAACAACCCUAAUAGACACUUGUCAUUCAGGUUUAGAGAUCAAAGAUGUAAACUCUUCAUUGCCUGUCCUGACCGAGCCCAAACCAAAAUACCAUCAUCAUUUCCUGCACAGUAUCCAGCACACACCAGGACCAAUAACCGAGCCUCCAGCCUCCAUUGUGAACAGCCUCCAGAGGGAUACUUCAGGCAUGACGGUAGACACCCCUGGCCCUAUAAAACUCACUUCUGAAAAGAACAUGGUCGCAACUCCAGGGGAAGACAAUUCAGGAUAUAAAAUGAACUAUCAGUCACCUUCCUUUCCCCCUCCAAUUGUGGUGACCACACAGAAUUUAAAUAGGGCAGGACUUCCUUUUCAUAAUCAGUCACAGACAGUAGGAUGGACCAGCAGCGACAGGCCCUUGAUGGGUCUUUGUAGGCCUUCAAAGCAGAGUUCAGACUCAGCAAAAAUCCUUUCCUCAGGCUGCAGAGUGUUUAGGAUCUGUGAGGGUCCAUCUGAGACAAAGAUUCCAGACGAGCUUGGGACUACCGUGCCCUUAAAGUCUGAGUUUGGCUGCAGUUCUGUGCUAUCAUCUGGAUGUGAGUCUGUCGUGGAUGGGUUGCAGGUACCACUGGACACUUGUGGCUGCCCAGUGGUCUAUACCAACUGCUUUAGUGGAGGUGACAGCUUUGACGAUGAGCUGACUGUCUACGAGUUCUCUUGCCGCACACAGAGCACUAGUGUGACUCAGACUUCAGGAGCAGUUCUUCCUCUCAUGACUUCUCCCUGUGUUCCCUCCUUUCUCUCCCCUUCCUCCAACCACUCUCCCUCCUUUCCACGCUCAAUCCUCUUCUCCUCCUCUACCUCUGAGCUCAGCCCUCUCCUCUCCCCACUGUCCGACACCUCUGACUGUUUCCCUUCUCAAACGCACAAGGAAAUCAUCAGUCGUUUAGGUCGGCAGCGCCAUCUAGAACCCCCUGCAGGUUUUCAAGAACUCCGUGUGGAAGUGGACCAGCUCCUCUCAAUUCUAGAGAGUAGCGGUAGUGACCGAUCAGCGACUGGUCACGGAAGUCGUCACUCCCGGGACAACUGUCCUGCUCACUUUACAGAGAACAAGCGGGUGCUCCAGAUGGAGGCCCGGAGUCUGAUGUCAAGCUGCCAGAAGGUAGUGGGGAUUGAGGAGAGCCCUGUCGAAAUGCUUCACUCCCUGGGGGACAGCUUCCGAGCCCUUGUGAAGUUGGCGAGCAUAUGCCUGUGGUUCUCUGGUUGCGACAGGUGUGACCGGAGGAAUGCGGAGGCAGUUGCCGGGCUGGUAGAUGUGUCACGCUCAUUCAGGGACUUCUGUCUGGCAGCAGAACGAGCCAGCAGCAAGCGCAGCUGCCAGGACCUGAGCACCAAGCUGCUCGCCAAACAGUGCACGGCGCUCACCGCUUCCGUCUUCUGCUUCACUCAGCUGUUCCGCACCCUCACUGCACUAUAGUGGACUACAGCCUCUGAAGAUAUUGAAGGGACCUUCUAGCAACCGCUGUGUCACCUGAGAUAGAUGGGGGUCACCACAAGUGUGACCUGGGACAGUCAAUGGGUUUAGAAGGGCAGAUAAGUAGGAGAUGAGAUUACCAGGGAGCUCCACGACUGUUCAAACUACCACAGAAACUCUCAACACCAUAGAGUCAGUUUGCACUGAUCAGGCCAGAGGUGUUUGAGAUGCAUGUGGUGACUUCCAAAUUCCUAUAUGCAAGUACUGUAGCCCACAAACCACACAGUCAGCCAACAACUAGACUGUAGAGUGGUGCAAGCUCCUUAAGCAGACCCUGCUUGCAUUCCAGUAUUGAGGAAGUGAUGUACUUGAAUGUAUUCUAUGUAGUCUAACAUGUUUAUUUAUUUUUUAUUUCAUCUGAUUAAUGAGUGUCUGUGCAAGCGAGGAAAGUAAAGAUAAGGAUGCAAGACGUUUAGAAAUGUUUUAAGGCAUACCUUUGGAAAGAGGAACAGUGGUGUGUGAAAGUCAUGGGCCUUUUGCAAGCACAUUCAUCCUCAUAUACAGGAAGUGAAUCCGUCUUAGAUUCAUGCAUUCAUUAACAGGCUCACUGACUGUGAACGUUUUGUCCUCUCAUCUUCUGGUUAGAAACACUGCAGUUUACUGAUGCUUACAUACUGUAUCUUUAUAGUCUCUAUAGGCGGACAGCCAGGACUUCUUUGAAUGUUACUGUUUACAAAACCAAAAAAAUGGAGUGAGACAUUAUUUGAUGGAUUCACUCAAAUCAAGCCUGAAGUUUGCCAUUUUAUAAAUAUAGUAGCAGAAUGCUGAGUAUGCACAUUAUAUGACUUUAUAAAACAAUAAUUUGAAUGAGGUGCAGUCCUUCACAUAUUCAGUUUAUUGUCCUUUUGACAUUUGGUAUGAUUUAUCUAAAUGUAAUGCAUUUUCCUAGCUUUUCUCCCAUUGGUUUGUCAGCACUUUCUCCACCUCCAGAUGAAACCCUCGAUCCUCCAGUGCAUGCUAAUACAACUGUUGAUCCUUUUAAUACAUUUGUUUAAGUUUUUUCUAUUUGGCACUAACAUUUGUCCAUUGAGAACAAGAAAAGUCUAAAAGAGACCGUGUGAAGAUGAUAUCCAACAGCUAUUUAUGAUAUUCUGUAUGGUUUUGUGAGAAUUUAAGAAUUUUAAGUUUCACAUUUCACACUUGUGUCUAAGCUUUUUGAUCAGCCAGGAGGGAAGCUCACAUCUGCUGACUUAGACUACACUGUUGCUUGCACAAAGUGCAUUAUAACUACAGAUUUACCAGUAUAGCCACAAAUAAUAUUAACACUGUAACUGAAUAUGGGAACAGAUACCUUAAGCAGUGCAGGAGUCAGGUAUGCAGUACUCUUGGCUAUCUGUAUGUUCCUUAUUUAGACUUUGAGUGACAUAUUGAGUGGAGGGGUCAGUGUCAGAAAGUAUCUGUUGGACUGAUGCAAUCAUUGGUCGAAAGCUUCUCACCAGAUCUUAGGUCACAAAACCAUGUUUUACCUGAUUAACCUGAAGCGUAUUGUAGUGGAAAAGCUGUUGUAUUGGAGCGUUUUCACUGAGAAUCUUAAAAUGAUAAGGAUUGACGCACACUGGACCGGCAUGUUAAAUGGAGGGAUUAAAGUCAGAAAUAAUUUCACCUCUACAAUACAGGGAACACAAUAUGUUUUUGAGUGUUUCUAAUUAUAUUUUCUACAGAAAUUGAAAGACUUUUAUUGGUUAAUGUGUAAUGAUGUGUUCCCUUGGUUUUAAAUGAAUACGAUUUCCUCUACUUUAUUCCUGAUUUGCACCAGAGAAAAUGUGAAUUCCUUUAACCACAAUCUCAAUGUGGAAAUUGCCCCAAAGACAUUAUAGAAAAUUUUCUUUCUUCUUUUUUUAAUCAUCUGUGCUCACAAAGCAUGCUUUUAUAAGCCAUACAAUGCAUUGUUUCAUCAGGGACUUUAUAUGUGAAUGAAUCAAUGAUGAUGUCUACUCCUGCUUUGUAAUGCUCAUGUCACCAUUAAAAACUUCAAUAUUUUCUUUUUGCGGUUCCUUUAUUACUUCAUCUAUUUGUGCCACUUUUGCUAACACCGCCGAAAACCCUCAAGGACAAGUUCAUUUACAGUCAGCAGACAGAAAAUCUUUACACAAUUUACACAGUAUGUUACUCAAAAAUAGACUUGUAGGGGAGAGCGGGGUAAUGUGGGACAUUUUUUACAUUUUCUCCCCUCUAGGCGAGCUAAAAUGAUAUACCAGUAAAAUUUACCCAUUUCCCAUUAAUUCAGGAUGUUUUCUAGCAAUGGAAAUUAUCUGGUCUUCAGGACACAGGACAGUGACAAUAUGACUGUUUUAAAAAAUGUGGUCUUGUGUCCCACUUUACCCCAUCUACGGGGUAAAGUGGUCCACUUACUUUUUCCACUUUAAAACUACCAUAACUAUGGAGGACCAUACAUGACCUAAGUA